AUGGCGCAACGCACACAGUCAACUUCCCUCGCCAGCCAUGCUUAUCGCAGAGGCAGACCUGGGAGGAUCUCUCCCCAGAGCCGUCACCCCUCCACUGCCUCAUCAGUCUCUUCUCAAGAGUCAGAUAGUCCGUCGAGAUUCCGCACACCCCUAGGCACUCCAACUACAGCAGCAACUAGAUUGCCAACCCCCACUUUUGAAUCCGGAGAGGAUCGAGACCACAAAGCCUUCCCAGGUUACAUACUUUUUCACAAUACUGGCAGGAGUGUACCAUCUAGUGAUGGGGAGCCAGGACCAAGUAAAGAAAGAACAACUCUAAGAGAUAAGGGCAAGGAACCUGAAGUCUAUGAAGAUUAUCGAUCUCCUGAGAGCAUCGCAACACGCCUCAGUCGAAUGGAAAACAAACUAGACUUGCUUUUACCGUUGCCCAACGAAAUAUCAAGCCGCGAGAAACAACCUUCCUGCGACGAAACACUGAGAACGGCUACGGAAGAACAGCUACAGUCGUCUCAAAUCUACCGGGAUCUCAAGGCCGAAAACAGGAGUCGGAAAGAAGAAACAGAAGCAUUUCGGACGCAGUUGGCCGACAGCCAACAGGCUCAAGACCUGGUGCAGAGAUCUAUACAAGACCUCGAAGCUGCCAAAGAACGCUCAGAGAACGAAGCAAGAGAAUGUAUGGCUCAAGCCAUGAACGAAUAUGAGACUCUGAGAGAUGGGUAUCAAUGGGCGAAAGAGAAUUGGAAUAGGACCGCUGAUGAGAGCGACGAGGCUUGGGAUAAAGCGAAGGAGUAUGAGAGAGAAAAUGAUACGCUGAAGCAGAAGAUUUCCGCUCUCGAAGAUGCCAACAAAGAGCUAGCCGGGAGGAUCAAAGCUUAUGAUCUUGAAUACAUCAGAAGGAAGGAGUCGCAGAAAGAUGGCGAGUCACAGACUGAGCCAGACACCGAACCAACCAACAUGGAGUCUCGGGGAACCGAGACUAGCUUCAUUGGCUGGGAUCCUAAUGCAGAUGGAGAAAUGGAAAUUGACGCAGAAGGCGAAUUAGAGCCAACAGAGAUUCAGGAUGGCGAACAGGUGGAGCAAGACAAUCGACGAGACGAUCAACAGCAUGGAUUACAAGACGCGCUACAGCACGACCAACAUGAGGUGCCACAAGACAUAUCAGAGGGCCAAGAGGAACAACGGGAGGCCCAACAAGAAGAUCCACAGCAAGAGAUGAUCGAAGGGAAACUAGAAUCUGAACCCCAUAUCCAACAAACAGGUGAACAAGAAGAGCCACUGAAACAGUUAUGCGAUUGUCAGGACGAAGCUCAGCAGGAUGGAACGACAAGCGAUUCACCGGCGGACCGCAAGGAAAGCGAGGAAGACAUUUCGCAUAAAGAGAUGUUAGCACGUGGUGAAAGACAACUGGAAAGGCUCAUGAGUACUACACAGGAACCUGUUGUCGGUAGGCAUACAGAGGCGGAUAACAUGGAACAGCAGGAAAUGAUUGAAACAUGUGUCGGAAACGAUCAACCCAUGUGCGAAGCACCAGCGGAACACGGCCCACCGGAGAUCCAAGAGGUUCCUCUAGUUGGUAUUACUCAGACCAUCACAGCCAUGCGAGACAAAGACACAGACGUGGGGAAGCAGGAGAUCGCCGCAGACAUAGAAAUCAUCACAGAGACAGAGACGAUGAAAGACAUCACCGUCGACACAGUCACCAUAACGACAGACCAAGAAACAGACAUCGUCGGAGUCGAAGAAGUAGGCAAGACACAACGGUUAUAG